CUACAUCUCGUUUGCAUGUCCAUGUGUCAUUAUCGCGUGUGCUUCUAUACGUGUAUUUAAAAUUUAGAUUACUUAUGCCAUGUAACAGCCUUUGGUACGUAACUAUGGCUGGCGAGGUUGACAUUGGAUUGUAUGAAGAGGAUGAAAGCGAACUCGGUGACAGGCAAUUGCCUAUUGCCUUUAACGAAGCUCGCCACAAGGAAAUAAUCGAGGGGUCGCACUGCCUUACUCAAACAUGGAGAAUGAAAGAAAGGAUGAAAACAGUUAGUGUGGCACUUGUAAUGUGCCUAAAUGUUGGAGUGGACCCGCCAGAUGUUGUGAAAACCUCUCCAUGUGCGAAGCUUGAAUGUUGGAUUGAUCCCUUAUCAAUGAGUCCACAAAAGGCCCUGGAGACAGUGGGAGCUAAUCUUCAGAAGCAGUACGAGCGCUGGCAACCAAGGGCUCGGUACAAACAGUCUCUCGAUCCCACCGUAGAUGAGGUGAAGAAGUUGUGUACAUCACUCAGGAGGAAUGCAAAGGAAGAACGAGUCUUGUUCCACUACAAUGGACAUGGAGUUCCUAGACCUACUGUAAAUGGAGAGAUUUGGGUUUUUAACAAGAGCUACACUCAGUACAUCCCGUUGUCUGUGUAUGAUCUACAGACAUGGAUGGGCAGCCCCUCCAUCUAUGUGUAUGACUGCACUAACGGUGGAAUCAUUCUGGAAUCCUUUAAACAGUUCUCUCAACAGAGAGACCACGAAAUGGCGUCAACUAGUUCGAAUGGCAACCAGUGGUAUGCAGGCAACUCAAAUCAGCCAUUGUCUACCAAGCACUGCAUUCAGCUGGCUGCGUGUAGUGCAAACGAGCUGCUGCCGAUGAAUCCAGAAUUACCAGCAGAUCUCUUUACAUCAUGUCUCACUACACCCAUCAAAAUAGCCCUCAGAUGGUAUGUGUUGCAAAGAACUAGUCAACUGGUUCCUCGAUUAACACUGGAUAUGGUGGACAAAAUACCAGGACAACUGAAUGAUCGAAGAACUUUGCUUGGCGAACUGAACUGGAUUUUCACAGCAAUCACAGACACCAUUGCCUGGAAUAUACUACCAAGAGAACUGUUCCAGAAAUUGUUCCGACAGGAUCUUCUUGUUGCAAGUUUGUUUCGUAACUUUCUGCUGGCGGAAAGAAUCAUGCGAUCGUACAACUGCACUCCCACAUCAUGUCCGAAACUCCCACCAACAUAUCAGCAUCCCAUGUGGCAGGCGUGGGACUUGGCUUUAGAUUUGUGUCUGCGACAGAUCCCGGAUGUGAACGAUGAUGAUAAUGCAACUUUCGAACACAGUCCUUUCUUCGCAGAACAGCUGACAGCUUUCGAGGUGUGGCUUGGUUACGGCUUUGAAGACCGCAGACCUCCAGAACAGUUGCCUAUUGUUCUACAGGUGUUGUUAAGUCAAGUACACAGACUCCGAGCUCUAGAUCUUCUUGGGAAGUUCCUCGACCUUGGUCCUUGGGCCGUCAGUCUGGCCUUGUCUGUUGGGAUUUUCCCCUAUGUCUUGAAACUGCUACAAAGCUCAGCUCGGGAACUUCGACCUUUGCUUGUGUUUAUUUGGGCCAAAAUCCUAGCUGUUGAUAGUUCAUGCCAGGCUGAUCUUGUAAAAGACAAUGGUCACAAGUAUUUUCUAUCUGUCCUGUCUGAUCCGUAUAUGCCCGCUGAGCAUCGUACAAUGGCAGCUUUUGUCCUCUCCAUGAUUGUCAAUGAUUACAGACAAGGGCAGGAAGCUGCGUUACAGGGCAGUGUGAUAGCUACAUGCUUGGAACAGCUCAGUGACAAGAAUGCUCUGUUACGCCAGUGGCUUGGACUCUGUCUCGGCAAGGUUUGGACAAAUUUUGACAAUGCUCGGUGGUGUGGGGUGAGAGAUAGCGCACAUGAGAAACUGCACAUACUGUUACUGGAUUCUGUUGCUGAGGUGCGAGCCUCGGCAGUGUUUGCUCUUGGAACGUUCAUCAGCAACAGCUGUGAGCGAAGUGACCACGCGACAAAUAUCGACCUCGGGGUUGGAAUUAAUCUUGUAGCUGUUGCUCAAGAUGGAAGUCCACUUGUCAGAAAGGAGUUGACGGUUGCGUUCUGCGGUCUGGUACAUCAGUUUGAUACUCAGUUUGCUGCUGUUGCUGCCCAGGUGUUGGAAGAAGAGAAGAGCAAGGACAAAAUGACGCCCAUCGUGACUGCGGAAGCCCCUGGUGGGUGGAAUUUAGUCACCCAAUCCAUUGAUGGGUCACUUGCACCUCCAUCAGGCAUGCGUCGCAGCUCCUCACGGGGGAAUUUUAAAGGCUUGGGCACAUCCAAUUCGAGCACGGUCCUGAGCCCGCUGCUCAGUUACGGCAGUGCGAGUUCCGCGAGUAUCGAGAGCGGAAGCAGCGUCGAGUCGUCGACUAGCACGGACAAGCUGCGUCGCGUCGGCUCCAGCACGUCGAUAUCCGGCCUGAUGACCUUCAACAACGUCUACCUCAGCGUCUGGAAGGCUCUGCUACAGCUGGCAGCCGACCCAUACCCAGAUGUGGCUGACAUGGCAAAGAAGAUCGUCAAUUCAGUCAAACUUAGGGCGUGUGUUGGAGCAAAGCCGAAACAGGUUGUUAAGAACACCAAUUCACAAUCGGCUCCCUGCAGCCCCACCAAUAAGCCCACAGUUAACAUACACCCUGGAACUCCGCCCCAGAAUGGCUUGGUUUGCAGUGACGACAUGUCACCGAUGUAUGGCGGAGCGGCGCCUGGCACAGCCGGUAGUUCAAACGUACAGCUGUUACAGUUCUCGAGACAUCGGAAAAUAUUUGACAAAGGUCCCACUCAUAUAGAAGAUAAGGAAGAAGAACCCUCUAGUCCACAUAUCACGUCCCUAUCGACCGAGUUCUUUCAGUGGAGCUGUCGCCAUUUUGCUCAGCCUGUCAUGCGGCUAGCCGAAGAGACAGAUCCAGAGAGUAAGGCACAUCACAGGCGGGAAUUCCGCUUCAAUCGAAAUGAGAAGGUGCGGAGUCAAGCUCGGGAAGAACAGUCAAGAGCAGGUUUUAGUCGUCUUGAUGACCAGAUCUUCGUGAACCGUAACCUCGGCAUCCCAUCUGUGAUCAAAUUCCAUCCUAAUGAAUCGUAUCUCGCUGUGGCAGACAAGGAAUCUGUCAGUAUUUGGGACUGGGAGCAUGGUACCAAGUUGAGUUACCUAAGAAAUGAGAACCCAAAAUCUACACGCAUCACUGCCAUGAACUUCAUCAAUGCUCAUGAUCUCACCCUGCUUAUGUGUGGAGCUGAUGAUGGGUCGAUACGGAUCUGGCGAAACUACAUGCAGGAAGAGAGUCGUGGGAAAGAACUGGUCACAGCUUUCCAAGCUCUGUCAGACAUGAUUCCUCUCACUAGAGGUUCAGGUUUGGUGGCAGAGUGGGAGCAGCAGACUCAGACACUGAUAGCUUCCGGAGAUGUUCGCGUCAUCAGAAUCUGGGACACACACAAAGAGUGUAAAUCUCUGGACAUCCCGACAGGAGCGGACAGCUGUGUGACCAGCCUGGCGUGUGACUCGACCCGUCGCUCCCUUCUCAUAGCUGGCUGUGGUGACGGAACAGUGCGACUCUUUGACAGAAGGCUGGCCCCCACAGAGUGUCGAGUGAUGACCUUGCGGGAACACACUGGGAGAGUGGUCAAAGUUCAUCUACAGAAAGGGGCAGACGGCAAAAUCAUCAGCUCCAGUACUGGAGGCGAUAUCCGGUUCUGGGACCCGCGGUUUACGGAGUCUGUCCGCGUGUUGCCAGUUCUACAAGGUCUCACUGCCAUGGACAUCCACCCCCGGGCCGACGUCAUUGCAUGUGGAUCGGUCAGUCAGUCCAUUAGUGUUUUCAACCAAUCAGGUGACAAUUUGAGUACCAUGAAAUAUUACGAGGGAUUUCUAGGACAGAGGAUAGGCACUAUCAGCUGUCUAGCGUUUCAUCCAUAUAGUGUAAAGCUCGCUGUAGGAAGCACAGACUCAUUUGUGUCAGUCUACGCAACUUCUUCCAAGAAAAGUUGACAAAAUCUGUAAACUAGGAGAGACUUAUCAUAACCAGUGUCAUGAACAGAGAGUAAAUGAUAACCAGUUUCACCAGCAGAGACUAAAUCAUAACCAUUGGCACAAGCACCAGCGAUAUUAGCAGAGACAAAAUCAUAACUAUUGACAUUAGCAGAGACUUAAAUCAUAACCAUUGGCACAAGCACCAGCGAUAUUAGCACAUACUAAAUUAUAAUCAUUGACAUUAGCAGAGACUUAAAUCAUAACCAUUGGCACAAGCACCAGCGAUAUUAGCACAUACUAAAUUAUAAUCAUUGACAUUAGCAGAGACUUAAAUCAUAACCAUUGGCACAAGCACCAGCGAUAUUAGCACAUACUAAAUUAUAAUCAUUGACAUUAGCAGAGACUUAAAUCAUAACCAUUGGCACAAGCACCAGCGAUAUGGCCUCAGAUUACAGUUAUCUUCCCAUUUGGUUGUCCAAAAUCCGGAAGUUUCACCGCGCAAGUAGUCUGCUGUUUGACUGUGAUUAUUUCAUGGCAGACAGCUAUGAAGUGGCAAC